CCUGUGAACUUUCACCUCUCUGUGUAUUGGACACUUGUUUCAGGGUCAGUCCUUGUAGCUGUCCUUGUUGCCAUGGCCACAGUCAGGCCCCCCUCUCAUUUCCUGUUUGAUGCUGGGCCGGUGAUGAGGGGCUAGGUACGUACACCACACAGCGCCUUACUAUACAUCUUGUGUAACCGUGUGUGUGUGAGAGAAGAUGUGUGUGAGACAGAAAGAAAUGAGGUGUCAAGGCACAGCACCCUCUUAUUUACCUACAUGUGGUAUAAUGUGUGAAGAAAUAAGUCUCUCGGCUGUGUCUUGAGUUUCACCACAGAAUUUAUUUCAUUUCAUCUGUACUCUUAUUAAUGUGUUUUGAAGUUUCUCUAGAAAGAUUCUCUCACGCACGUUUUUCAAAAGCUGCCACCACAGAUAGUUAUUUUUAGUAUUUCACAUAGGGAAGAGAUUUACUACAGACAGAGGAACACACACACACAUACACACACUCACCGUUAACUGUUAUCCAGAGGCAUGUGAUUUGUCCUGAAGGUAGUCUCUAACUCAAGUCUGACUGUGACAGUGGUGUGACUGGAUGAGAGACAGAGUGAGUGGAUGAGGUGGUUGAGAUGUUUUCAAGGUGGAAACUAAUUAUCUGCUUUCGCCUCUUCCUCUCCCCUCCCUCUUCACUCUCUCUCUCCCUCUUCUCCUCUUCCUCCUCACUCCAUGGUUCUCUUCUGUUAUUCUCCUCUCUCCCUCCCUUCUCUCCUGCCGCUCUCUCUCUCUCUCUGUAGGACCAGUUCUUGCGAGCAGCCCCGGUGUCGGGAGGUGUAGGGGAGUUUCUCAUGAGAAAGAUGGGAUGGCGGACAGGGGAGGGGCUAGGGCGACACCGUGAGGGCACCGUCGAGCCAAUCAUCAUCGACUUCAAGACCGACCGCAAAGGUCUGGUGGCUGAGGGAGAGAAGACUCAGAAGUCAGGCGGUAUGGUUGUGAUGAAGGAUCUACUGGGUAAGCACCCAGUGUCUGCUCUGAUGGAGAUGUGUAACAAGAAGAAGUGGAUUCCUCCAGAGUUUGUUAUGGUGACCCACAGUGGCCCAGACCACCGCAAGAACUUCCUUUUCAAGGUGGUGGUAAAUGGUCAAGACUUCCAGCCUGCGUCAGCCAGUCCCAAUAAGAAGCAUGCCAAAGCCAUGGCUGCUACGGUGGCUCUGCAGGCCAUGGGAGAGGUGGCAGGGGACACAGGGCUUUAUACAGGGCCUGUGUUCACCACUGCUACCACUGGCCCCUGUUCUCCUCCAACGUCUAACACACACAGUGAAACACACUCAGACUGAGAUACAGCGCUCGCACACACAGGAGAAAAAAUGACUUGAGUCGCAGACCCUUCUGGCUGAAAAGGACAUACAGAAUUUGAAGUCACCUGCCAGGGAACGAUGAUUUGUAUUGGAAUGUCCGUUCUAAUCAAGUCUUAUUCUAUGUUUUGGGCCUACACACCACAAGCAUUCAGAAGAGCCGUAUCUGCUGCCUAAUGGUCAACACUAGGAGAUGGUGUUACUCUGUAAGCAAAAUAAACUUACUGAUAUUUUAAAACGGUUCCGUAACUCUGUUUUUUUAAUCCUAAUUUGAAUGUUUUAUCUUAUGUGUUGAAGCUCAAAUGAUGUUUUCAGAAGCAGUUCAUAGUGUUAAUGCAUUUGGGAGAAUUUGAAAAACCCCACUAUUCUCCUAGUGACCAAAUCGUCAAUAUCAAAUGUUACCCAUUUGGAACAUUCAUUUUCAAAGUGAUUCACACUUGAUAGUUCUGUCUCAUUUUGGACAGAUUCAUUUACUACUGUCUAGGUUGAGCGAUCAGUCCGCUUUUGUUGGUAGCGUUAUUUACAAUGUCUGUAUAAAAACAAAUGUAACGUGUUAGCUGAAAGCGAUGUGGGUAACCGUAGGAGUUAUGGUCUGGAAUACCAAAAUAAAAAUGUUUUUAAUCUGAUUAAUUAAAUGAUACAAUCCUU